AAUGACUGAAACCCCAGAUAGCCCCUCUUAUGAAAAUCUAACCCGUCCGCGCAGCCCAUGUGUAUUGUGUAGUAGCCAAAAAGGAUCAAAAAGCUCUGGCAAAGGUCGCUGCUAAUAACUAUAACUUGAGGUUUUCUUGUUUGGCUCAUCUCAUGGAAGAUCAAGCGAAAGAGACAUCUAAUGAAGAUGUUGGUCAGCCUACGGAUAUUGGUCGGUUAAGCUGGACCAUCAACAACUUUUCCAAGCUUGAUAGCACGGAGCUCUAUUCAGAUAUUUUCUAUGCAGGAGGAUGUAAAUGGAGUUUACUAAUUUUCCCAAAAGGGAACAAUGUAGAUCAUUUGUCGAUGUAUCUAGACUUUGCUGAUUCAGAAACCUUGUCUCCUGGGUGGACUAAAAAUGUCCCCUUUCUUAGCAUGUCUGUUAUCAACCAAAAUCCUAAAUUAACAGUUAAAAGAGAAACAAAGCAUGUAUUCAAAGCUGAUGAGUGUGAUUGGGGUUUCGCUUCAUUCAUUUCUUUGAGUGAGUUUAACGAUCCUAGCAAAGGUUUUCUUGUGAGAGACGUUUGCACAGUCGAAGCAGAGGUAAGGUUGAAUGUUGAAGAACAAGACAUAAAGAAAUAUGGAAUAUCUGAUCAGAAUUCAACAUUUGUAAAAGGAGAAAGAAGUAAAUCCUCUUUUUCUGAAUAUGACACCUUGUUUGUGGACAUUAAAAAACUACUUGGAGGAGAGAGUUUUAAGUCAGACAACAUCACAAGCAGCAUAUGCCCUCCUUCAUGGACCGUAAACGAGAUUGCCUAUGCAAAAGAAAUUAUAAAACAAUGCCUGGAUAUUGAUCUUGAUAAGGUCAUCCAAUUGGGUAGAGACUUCGAGCUUAAGAAAUCACUUUCAAUCUUGCUAAGUAGCAAUGCCUUUCCCGAAAACAUGGUAGAUGAGAUAAACAAGUUUAUGGCUAACUUUGUCGAAAGUUGUGAGCAAUAUGAAGUUGCCAAACAAGACCUCAGAGAGGUCCAAGAGAAGGAAAAGUCAAUAGAAGAUCUUAAAACAGAUAUGAAGCAAAUAUCUUCUGAAUUCUUUCCUAUAAGGAAUCAAGCUGGAGUUGUUGAUAAUGAAAUAGCUGAGCUCGAAAGACAGUUGAUUAAAAGGAAGGCGAAGAAGGAACGACUUAGUAAGAUGCUUGAAGUUUUAGCUGGUCGAGCAGCCACAUCAAAACAGGCACUGGUCAGUGCUGAACGGGAUCAUGAGAAGCUUUCGGUGCUAAAGAAAGAAGAGGCAGAGAAGGUGAUUAGUGACAUGAAAAGGUCGUGGGAGUUUCUGAAUCUUGGUUAUUCUAAUAUGCUUUUGUAAACUUUUGAAACAAUGUUAACUCUUCUGAAAGUCGUUUACUAGUUUUUCUUAUUUAGAAUCUACGUACACAAGAUUAAACUGUGGCUGUGCCAAAGGGUUGCCCAGUGGUCGAACAAUUCCUUUUGGGAUAUCAUCAUAAGUUUGGUUUCAUGUAUGCUUGUGUACAGUUAGUAGCAGACCUUGGAAGUUUAUUUGGAAAAAUGAAAUAGUUGUAUUAGUUUUAUAUAAUAUGUUUGUUUUCAAGGAUAAUGCUAUUUUGAAUUUUAUAUAUUUGUUAAAUGUA